UACCGAGACCGUCGCAGGCUAGGCAAUCUUUAACCACUGAUUAUAGUGUGCAGUACUCUAGGUAAAUGCAGCGGUCCCGGUAAGGCGGUGUGAACCAUUCAACGGACUUGGCGACAUACAAAGAUCAACAUGCAUGUAGAGUCGACUUGGCAUUGAUUUCAUUGAAAGUGUUAUCUCGUCCCGGGUAGCGUACACAGAAAACCAUUGUCAACAGCGCCAGGCUAAUAAUGAGAUUUUCGCGCAGAUACAAUUCAGUAUUUCUAUAAACUACUCCAUAAACCUGUGCUCGGAUAAGACGCAGCGAAAUUCCCCCAGCCGUCCGAACAGAGCCGACAUGUACUAGUCAACAAGGGAUAUUCGCUGACCAGUAGUUGCCUGUGUGGAAGUGGACCUGAUGGUAUGGAUUUCUGAUUCGGUGUGAGACAAAGCGAUCACUGAGAGUGCUCCGCCCUUGACUCUUUACACUAGGAAACGGGCAAUAGAGCUACUGACUUUUACUUAGCAAUCAGUGGACCUGUUUGCAGGUGUUGGAUUGUAUUAGGUACAUGUCACCACCUUAAGUGAAAAAGUUAGAGCUGUUGGCACCUGUUGAAGUGAAGGCAUAAAGCACAGGGUGGAGUGUAGUUUGAAGAAAGAUGACGCCUCAAACUGCUGCAGCUACUGUAUGAAGAUGCCGUGUUCAGCGUAACGACGACGACGACGAUGGAGAGACACCAAGGUAUGUGUCCCCACAGGGCGACAUCCCCCGUCUAUGUCCCCGAGAAGAAGGUGAGACGCCGACGCAACGACCCAGGGACAGAGGAGAUUAUUAGAUUCGUCCGAGAGUUCCAGCUGGAAAAACAGCCAACCCUUCUCCGUCUUCAACGUCGCGCACCCCUACCUGGCAUCGGCGAAGUUGCGCCGGCUGUCUCAGACUCUGGCUACGUUGAGAGGACAGAGGUAUCGGACAGUGAUGAUGACCCUAUGUUGGACAGUGAAAUAGCCGCCAUUGAGGACAAUGCUAAGUCACUCCGUCGGACUGGGUCUUACCUGAGACUGAAGUCUGAUUCUCAGUUCAAGAGACGAUCGUCUGUUAAUUCUAGAUCGUAUCAACAUCUUCCGUCCAAAUCUGUCGGCCGAACAAAGUUCGCGACGGAGAGUAUGUACAAUUCGUUUGGCGGACUUCGUCUAGCGCGGCAGAAUACGUUAGUGAAGCAGCUUCCACCAAUCAGAAGGCAGGAAAUACCUGAGAGGCCUUCAGCCCCGUCACCAAGUGUCACUCCGCCGCUUCCCGGAGAGGACCUAGAUUCUGCAGGUGAACCGGUUGACUUCAUAGAUCCGGCGUAGUGAUUUCAAAUUUGCUCCGCCUGUCAUUACGACAACAAACAGUGAACGCUGACCAUUGCAGCUUUACAGCGGUAUGUUGCUCUAAGAAUAUGUGAACGAAGUAACGCCUAGUGUUUCGUACAUACGCCAAGCAGUGUUGCACAGCAAUCAAGGUGUUUCUUUCUCUUUCCGUGCAACGGCACCCAAUUAUGAAAGGGACGUAACUCAAGGAUACCAUUACUAUGCCGAUGAUGACCCAUAAAUAAUACUGAUACUACUAAAGCUACUGAAACGUAAGAUAGGAACACGUAUUAUACAAGGCAGUCCAGUUGGUUGUGUGGAUCGUAUACAUGGGAACUGUGGCGUUCUAGCCCAGUCGGCAAACGUCAGCUCGUCACAUCAUGGCGGCACAAGUUGAACUGUCAUGUUGAACUGUCAGUGCAGAGGAAACUACGACGAUACAAGGAUCUAGAUGUCUGACCUUCCUUCGUGUGUACGGCCCUUUUCACAAAGCUCUCGUAAGACUAAGAUAUCGUAACUUUUCUUGUAGCAUUCGUACUUCCUAUACUGUAACAUUGACUUACGAUAGUCAUAGCGCUACGAGAGCUUUGUGAAACCGGGCCCAGGACAGGACGCCUAUUACACACAUGUCAGCGCUAUCACCCUGUUUCAGUCAAAUAACUAUGAAGUAUUAUCACAGUAUUCACUUUGGGUUUGAUAAAACACCAACAGACUCUAUAUUCAUGCGUAAUGUGUCAUAUUUCAACAACCUCAGACAGCAAUGUGAUAUUAAACUUCAGAUAUUUCACGGCAUGGUUAUGCAAUCGUAUAUUGCGGAAGUUUCUAAUGCGCAGACUCGCUUCUUUAACAUAGAAUCUAAGGAAUUCAGCUUUGUAGACAGAUUAAGUUUUCAUGAAACGAUGAAUCUUUGUCUCAUCUAUCAACAACCUCAGAAAAAACAUGUGAUAUUAGUUAUUAAUGCCUCUUCGGCCUGACCCUAUUCUACAUAGGUUACCAAUGAGCCUUCAUGCUCUCAGUGUUAUUGUUGACUGUACAAACACAUGUGGGAUGCAUGCGACCACUGACCAUUUGGUACAGGAAGUAGGAUAUGUGUAGACAUAUGUGUGUAGACGAGUGAAGUGGAAUCGUGUGGAAAACUAUUUCCUUAUUUGGAGAUGGAAAAAAUAUUUAAUGACUAUAAAUCAAAAUGGUGGACUUAUGAACUCAUAGUGUCAUACUGAAACUGAACAUAAAUAUUGUAAUAAACAUCGCUUGGCUUGUACCGGAGACGACGCAAGAAACUGUUCUUGAGGAUAAAUAUUUGAGUAAGCGCUGCUCAGUUAAACUGGCUUCAUUAUGAGUAUUGCGAUGCCGCUGAUGGAGCUGUUACUACCACAACAAUAUGUCCGGCCAGUCAAAACGACAAGUCGGGGAACGUAACUACGACGAUCUCCGUGCUUAUGGUGGAUCCGUAGGUUGUUCCGGCAGCACACGAUGGGUUACGAUUGAUCAAGAUGCAUCCUUAUAAGGUUGUGACCUCUUUCCAAUGUAUGUUUUGGGAUCGACUAUUUGUGCUGGAAUGUGCUUGUUUGUGGAGAAACCAGUGAUAUGUUGAAAGGACAACGCAAUUUUAUCUGUCUACCUCAAGUUGUUCACUUGUAUCAGUGCCAUGCAUAUUUUCAUAGAUCGUUUGUACGCGUUUGCAGGUAAUAGAAAGGCAACAGGUGUAUUUCAUGGGAUCAUGUAUAAUGAUGAUCGUUUGCAUUCUUACAUACUAUUUAAUAAAUGUUCAUACGCU